AUGGUUGAGUUUGUUGAAGGCUUCGACAAUGUCCUCCGAUUGAAGUCCAGUUAUGCUAAGUAUCUCACUGCAUCUGAAGUUGAAUUAAUCAUUGGUUUCACUGGCCUGAAAGUCGUUCAAAGUAUGCCCCAAAUGCUGGACUCCUCAAUCGAAUGGGAACUGAUACGAGAUAGGUUUCAAGUUCGUCUCAAAGCUCGUUACGAAAAUUAUCUACGAGCCAAUGCUAGGUUGCCUCCAUGGAGAAGUUCGUUUACUCAUGACAUUCCUUACAGGCACCACGAUUGGAUAUUAUGGGAUGUUGAAUUUGUGGAAGCUAAACCAGAGGAACCAUCGCCGUCAUCGCCCUUAUCCGAAACGAUAAACCCAAAUCUAAAUUCGUCGUCAUUUUCUCUUAGAAGCUCCAUAUAUGGCCCUACUGAGGAAUCCAUUGAAUGGCAAGCUUUUUCCAUUCCGGUUAGCGUUGCCACCCAAACAACUCCGAUUGUAGCUUGGCUACAACAACAAUGGCGGGUUCCAACACCGCUUCAAGAAACACAACAACAACCACAGUGUGCGGCGGAGAUAGAUGAAGACAGGGAAGAAAAAGGUGGUGGGUACGAGAUUGUUGCCAACAAGAUAUCUUCAGUGGCCACUGUCUAG